GUGUGUGUGUCUGUGUGUGUGAUCUAUUCCCUGUUGGACACACACAAGUAGAGCGGUUUCCUUUCCCUCUUAUAGUGCCGGCAUUAGCAACAGUGUGAAGACGUCCAGAUCGUGGACCUCCAUCCUUAAGAUGAUCCCUCACAUUGCACUGUGUAAAUUCAUUCCUCUGGUUCUCGUGGGGGUUGUAUUGAUCGCUGUGAGUGGGAUCACAGGAGACCCCCUGUUCGACUGCCUCCAAGACACAGACUACAGCGAGCUCCUCAACAUCGUGAAUAAAGGCCUCCCCGCCACCAGGACGCCCCGUCACGUGGCAGUCAUCGGAGGAGGGAUCGCUGGACUCACCGCUGCAAAGUUUUUGGAAGAUGCUGGACAUAAGGUCACCAUAAUAGAAGCAAGUGACCGCAUUGGAGGCCGUGUGGAGACGUUCAGGAACAGAAAAGAAGGCUGGUAUGCAGAAGUGGGAGCUAUGAGGAUUCCCAGCUUUCAUAAGAUUCUGCUUUCUGUUGCCUCCAAAUUAAAAGUUUCCCUGAACCGCUUCAUCGAAGAUGACAUCAACACGUACUAUCUGGUAAAUGGCGUCCUGCACAAAACCUACACUGUGGAAAACAACCCAGGUGUCCUCAACUACAGCUUGAACGAAAGUGAGAGAGGGAAGUCGGCCCCUCAACUCUUCAGUCAGGCACUGUGGAAGGUGAGGGAUGACCUCAGGAUCAUGGGCUGCAGUGCCAUGAUGAAUAAAUAUGAUUCCUACACAGUGAAGGAAUAUCUGGUGAAGGAGGGAAACCUGAGUCGCGGUGCUGUGAGGAUGAUCGGAGACAUUCUGAAUGAAAACGGCCUCUUCUACACUUCACUGACAGAGACGCUCUACCUCCAGUCAGACAUAAACGACCACAAUGAAUACUUUGAAGUGACAGACGGCUUCGACCACCUCCCGAGAGCCUUUUACCAGGUGUUAAAUUCCACCAUCCUUCUCAACUCCAAAGUCAAGCUGGUCGACCAAAGAGGAAGCAGCAGUGUAACUGUGACGUAUCAGGACUGGCGUAAUUCAGGCUCUCUAACCAACCUCACUGUAGAUUAUGCUCUGAUUACGGCCACAGCCAAAGCCACGCUCUUCAUUCACUUCCAGCCCCCGCUCUCCGGGGACAAGAUGGAGGCCCUGCGUUCAGUUCACUAUGCCAGCUUAACCAAGGUGAUUCUCAGCUUCAGCGUGCGCUUCUGGGAGAAAGAGGGCAUCAGAGGAGGGAAGAGCAUCACAGACCGCGUCUCUCGCUUCAUCUACUACCCCAGCCACAGCUUCCCGGGUACAGACGCAGGGGCCCUUCUUGCUUCUUACACCUGCUCUGACGAUUCCACGCUCUUCCAAGGGAUGAGUGAGGAGGAGCUGAUGGAUGUGGUUCUGGACGACCUGGUCAUGAUCCACGGAGAGGCUAUCAGGAGUGUGUGGACGGGGGGGCUGGUGAAGAAGUGGGGCCUAGAUCCUUACAGUCUGGGAGCCUUUGCCCUGUUCACGCCUUACCAGCAGGGAGACUACGCGAGGGAACUGUUCCAGCGUGAGGGACGGGUGCACUUUGCAGGAGAACACACAGCCACACCUCAUGGGUGGAUCGAAACAGCCAUGAAGUCUGCACUCAGGGCAGCAAAAAACAUUAACAGCCUGACUCUGUAGUUUUAUUUGUGAUUUGUAUACAGUAACACUAAAAAAACAUGAGCAAACAAUUGCUUGGGUUGUCAAAAUACCUGCUGAUUAUUUUUUAACGAUUAAUUUAUCAUCAAAAUAAUUCAUAGAACAGCUGAGCUCCUGGUGGAGCAGACGGUUAUCUCUCAAUACCAGAGACCGUUAAGUCAUGUAAUUCAUUUCUCUACUUUCUUUAAUUUCGGCUGCUCCAUAUUUUACCCGUAUGUACGAGAAAAUGAAAUAUAGGACACCACUUCAUCUAAGACGACUUUAAAGUGUACUUGUUCAAUUUCGCUGGUAAAAAGUGCUUAUACGAGGAAUUCUGUUCACUGAACACCAGUCACACCACGCGAGGACAGUAGACAGGAUUUCUUUGGCGUCACUGAUGACUAAAUCCAUAAUAACCGUUCAGUAAAUCAAGUAAUCUGAGCGAGAAUGACGCUUCUGCACUUUCUUCAAUGCUCUUUUUACAAACCUAUCACAUUACUUGUUCAGAUUACCAACUUUAUAGUUCAAAUCUGAUUCAUUCCAGAUCAGAUUGACAGUUCAUAUUCGUAGUCUUGUGCAUCUGAAAGUGUUCGUCUCCUCUCAAACAGUCCAAUAGCAAAAUAACAGAAAAAUUCAUAAUUGUGAGAGCACUCUGUACUGAAGUGGCAAAUAAGAUAAGAUGUAGCUUUAUUGAUUCUUCAUAGGGUAAAUUCCGAAACAGAAGCUAUCGCAGUCAGUUUGUGAGAGAGUGAGCUCUGUAAAGCCACACACUGCCAGAGAAGGCCGAUUAUGUUCCUGCUAAAUUCAUUUGUAUAAGCAAAAAAAACUGUUCUCACUAGUGUGACCUGGCCACGUAUCUAGGUCCACAUACUGAAGUGACACAAAUGAUUUAAUAUAAAACAGAAUUGAUGGUUGGAUUUCUGUGACCACACAACCCUGAACAUGUUAGAUCAGAUGAGAUCACAUCAGUAGGAUAAAGACAGUACAAGUUACUUAUGGCUGGUAAUCUGAAUGCACCCAAUGUCCAUUCACAGGGAUGUUUAUCUUUUUAAACCCAUCUCACAAAAUAGCCUUUCCCUGGACUCCAACAAUAUUUCCCCCCCCCACAAUUUCUGAAAAACAAACGGUCUCAAAACUAAGACACUUGUCAUGUAAUUAAGAAUUGUUAAACUUGUAUAUUUAUUUCCAACUUCAUUCAGUUCCAUUAAAUUCUGUAUGUGUACACUUGUCUUUAAAGUCAUGCUUUCAUGUGAACUUUCACUUUUCAACAUACAACUUUUUGUAAAUAAAUAUGUGAAAACAAU